UGUUUCGAUCGCUUUAUCUUCUGGUCCGAAAAAUCAAUUUUGUAUUUCUCACACUCGUUUCUCUCUGCACAGAAACAAAGAAAGAGGUUUUUAGAGAGAGAAAGUGCUAAAAAAAGAGUGGGAGAGAGAGAGAGCUUCAGAGAGUCAGACACAGGAGAUAUAGUGGGAAGAGGCAUUUUGCGUCGUCGUUUUGAAGCUUCAAGAAGCUGGUGUAAUAGUUUAAAAGGUGUUAUAUAUAUAUAUAUAUAUAAGUGGAGCACGGUUUUUGAUCGGCAGCGAAACGACGCCGUAGCUUCCACGCUCUGGAAGAACCCUAAUUCUCUUGGCUCAGAUCACACUUUUUGGAGGAACGCUUCCAUAAAAAUUCAGUGCAAUUGGAGAAUAAACCUUCAUUUUGCAUUACAUGUGAGCGUGAUAAGCAUCUAUAAUUCUUGAUUCCCUCUACAAGCAUGCCGAAGUGGUCUGAUACAUAAUGGUCUCUUGUAGUGGCAUAAGUACUUUUGACAAAAAAAACUAGUUGGAAAUAUUGUAGUCGCUGGAUAUUUAAUGCCUGGUAACGAAAUUGAAGACAGGAUCCGUAUUUUAUAUGAGAUAGACAACUUUUCCCUGGAUCAGCAUCAAUCUCAAGCUGUGGAUGACCGUCGACCAGUGCUUAUUUACAACCAGUGGAUUGAAAAACAGAGACUUAACAAUGAACCACUGAAUUUCAAUUGGAAAAACUAUAGUCUGCAGCAAUUAGAUUCUCCAAAAGGACAUGGAAAUGAAGCUUUAAGUGCAUUUGAUCAAAAUUAUGCACAAUUGAUCCCGAGACCUGAGUUGUUCGAUAGUCAAACCGGUAACCAGGAGCUAAUAAAUACAAAUGGCUUCAUGCUUGGGCAGCAGAAUUUCCAGGCAGGGCAGAAUCAACCAGAGUUGUUGGGUGAAACAGGUUUUCUACCACAUAAUUUAAUAUCAAGAGGUUUACCUUUUCUUAACUCACAGCAAGAAAAUGCAUCAGCAGACAGUCCCACCCUGACAACUAAUUCAGAACGCUCAGAAAUAACUGAGGCUUCCACGGAGUUUAACUUUGUUGGAGGGCAGCAGCAACUUUUAAGGGGCCAGCAACCAGGAAUUCCACAACUUGACUCAAUGCAGCAGUCUGGGUUUAAUGACAUUCAGUUGUUACAGCAGCACAUAAUGUUCAGACAGCUGCAAGAAUUUCAGAGACAGCAACAACUACAGCAGUUUGGUGAUGCAAGGCAACAAAGUUCUCUGAAUCAACAUUCAUCAAUCUCUAAGCAGGCUUCUGGGGUUCAGUAUUCACCCCUCAUCAAUGGAACACCUGUUAGUGAUACGUCACAAAUGUUUAUGAACCUGAUGCAGCGAGGUGCAUCUCCUGCUGUGCAGGGUAUAUCUAAUAGAAUGUCCUUGUUGCAAGAGCAAGGUCAAACUUUGCAUUCAAUUGGUAUGGUUCCUCAGCAGCUUGAUGUAUCAUUAUAUGGCACUCCUAUUGCUAGUGCUAGAGCUAUGGGUCAAUACCCCCAUCUCCAGGGAAUGUCACAUGAUUCUGCCAGUUUGUUGAGCAAGGCUAGCAGUGAAGCACAAAAGCCUAUGGUUCAGUCGUCGGCCUUCAGCAACCCCUUUAUAGGUGAACAAUAUGCCAUUUCUCCAGAUCAGAUUUGCCUGCCCCAAGGGGCUUUCUUAUCUAAACAUGGAUUUCAGGGGAAAAACAUGCAUGGGCAAGUUCCUCUUCAGGGUUUAAAUAGUGAUGCUAUAUUGGGAAAUCCCCAUCCAGGGCAGACCAUACAAACAAAUGCAUCAAUGCAGGAGCUUAACGAAAAACAAGAACGAGGUAGCUGGCUUGGGGUCUUGGAGCAGAAAACUCAUCUUGGCCCUUCACAGGGUUUGGUUCCCCUAGAUCCGAUGGAAGAAAAGAUUUUGUAUAAUACAGAUGAUGACAUCUGGGAUGCUUCUUUUGGCAGGCAUACUGACAUGGGUGCGGGAGGCUCAAUGGAACAUGCAGAAUAUUCAAAUGCAAUUCCUUCUAUUCAAAGUGGUACCUGGAGUGCUCUUAUGCAGUCUGCUGUUGCAGAAGCUUCAAGCAGUGAUACUGGGGUGCAGGAAGAGUGGAGUGGAUUGACCUUUCAGAAUACAGAGAUGUCAACUGAUAACCAAACUUCAAACAUCUUGGACAGUGACAAGCAGCAAGGAGUCUGGACUGAUAACAACCUGCAGAGAGUCUCUUCUUUGGGUUCAAAACCUUUCUCAAUGCUUAAUGAUUCUAAUACUAGUUCUAGCUUCCCUGGAUUUCAUCAGCCAGGCAUCCAAUUUGUGACCAAGCAGAGAGAUGAGCUUCUACAGGAUUCACAUGAAUCCAUUCAGAAGUCUCCCAAAAACACUAGUGAAUGGCUUGAUUAUAACCCUCAACAAAAACUACCUACGGGAAGUCAGCAAGUUCAACAGCUUAUGCAUUUGGACAACGCAUGGGCUGGCCAGAUUAAUGAGCACUCAGAAAGUAAUGUAAAUCAGCAAAGAAUAUCCUCUGGUGUUGUUAGCCAACCAGGCAGAAGACCAGAAGGUUAUUCUAAUGAAGCCAAUUAUAUCAGAAAGGAUUCUGGUGGCUUUCCGUGGAAGAGCGAUGUUGAUCGUGGGCCAACUUCCAUUUCUAGAUCAACUGGAGGAUUGGGGCAAGUACAAUCUAUUGCGGAGAAUUCCCUGCUAUACAGAGAAGGUUCGCAGACCCUUAACUUUGGUGCCGCUGCGAAUGCACACAUGCCUAAGGCUCAUCAGGAAAUGAGUCAGCAAGUUUCAGGUGGUAAUCAGCUUGAUUACAUGAAACAAGUUAAAAUAUCUAUGAACAACAAUGAGGAGAAUGAGAACUUGACAACAAAACAGCUUCAAAUGAGUAAUAGCACUCUUGUUAUGCCAAAUUCUUAUGAGAGGGCUGUGUAUGAGCAGCAGCAUAACAGCUAUGAAAGGGACAACACUUAUGACAACUACAAUUCCAAUGGAAUGAGUGCCCAAGAGCAAGAACAUUUAGGGCAGUUCAAAUUUACUGGUGAUGUCUCUAAUAAUGCCAUUAGCUUGGACAAGGGGAAUUUACCUAAUUUUCAAGGAGACUCAAGAGCACCAGAGGAGGCUUCUAGAGGUGAUCUUAAUAUAUCGUCUACCUUUCACAGAUCAGUUGGUUUUGCUGGCUCGAAUAGCAAUCCUCAAACAAGUCAAAACAUGCUUGAACUUCUUCACAAGGUUGACCAAUCUAAGGAAAACGCUGCUACACCACAUUUUGGCUCCACUAGCAUAAGUCCAUUAUAUGAGGCGGCUGAGGCUGGCACUAUUGGAGCAUCUUUUGGUCAAAUGCACAAUCAGAGUUCUGGAUCUCAAGGUUUUGCUUUGAAGUUGGCUCCUCCAUCUCAACGGCUGGUCAAUUCAAACAUGUUACUCUCCUCCCAUGGUUUGCCACAGACAGCAAGCAAUCUCAAUUCAAGGCACCGGCACUCUAAUUUAGGAGAGAAGAAUCAGACACAGUUAGCUCCACCAUCAUCAUUUCAGUCAAUGGCCUCUUCUACUGAAUUGUCCCCAAGAGGGCAUUGGGAUGAUAAAUUUAGUACUUCCCAGCACAGAAACAUGCCAUCAUCUUUGUAUGGACAUCAAAGCUCUACUGGAGCAAUUACUUCCAAUCCUCAAUUUUCAAGGAAUCAGCUUCAAACACAAUUAAUGUCCAAUGCACCUGUAUCUUGUGCAUCUUCUCAGACAUUGUUGCCUGGUACAUCUAGUAGAUAUUCACCGUUUAACCUUGCUCCAUCUCAAGAUACUUCUCAACAGAUUGGCACCAACUCUGGCAAUCAACAAUUUCCAGUUUUAGAGGCUGUGCCAGCCUCUCAGCCACCUACAGUUUCAGGCGCUCCUCAACAGGGUUGGUUUUCAGUGAGGUCGCAGAGUUUGUGGACAAAUACCCUGGCCCAGCAACAUCCUUCUGGCAUGCAACCUCAUAAGAUCUUCUCCAUGGAUCCUUCAAUUAAGAAUAUGGAAACCACUUCACUGACUCCACAGGACCAAGAUGAUCAAGAUUCCCAGAAAGUUGGACAUAAGUCGUCAGAAUUAAUUGCAUGUUCCAUAAGUUCACAAGGCACUGAUCAUGGGGAAGAACUGCCAGAGACAGAGGGGGCAAAGAAUAUCCCUGAUGUAGAUGAUUAUGCCUCUGGUUCAUUUUUGGCUCAUUCACAUCAGCAAGAUCUUAAUAGAUUACAUCCUAGUGAUAACAAUACUCGAGCUGGUUCUGAAAGAGUUCCUGACUCCUUGGGUCAUCCUUUGAAACCAUCACAAGGUUUACAGCAAAACUACUCCCUGCUGCACCAAGUCCAGACAAUGAAGAACGUAGAGAAUGACCAAAGUACAAGAGUUCUGAACGUACAGCAGGUAAAUGCUAUGGCAGGACAGCAUAAACAAAAUUCAAUGCUUAGAAACCUGAAGGAUGAUGGAUUGAAUUCUGCAUCACAUCUCAACUCAAUACCGUCUGGAAAUACCAAAAUGCUAAGCUUCUUCACAGAAGCAAGAGAAGAUCCAAGGUUAAAAGCUUCACCACAACCUUCUCUCCAAGAUAUACCUUCUCAAGGGACGGUUCCGUUUCGUCAAAAAGAUUUUCAGAGUCAACCAGGUGGCAGCAAUGUGGUAUCUGAUAAUACAGAAAAUUCUCGAGCUAAUGUAAAGAUGGCACCCACCUGGUUUAAGCAGUUCGAAAAUUUCAGAAAUGGGUUGAUGCCACCAAUAUACGAAGCAAGGUUUGCAAGAACGGCUGCAGCACAGUUCUCACUUAUGAAGCCUUCACAGAGCUUAGGUAUUCAUUCUUCUGUCGAACAACUAAAUGUUGCUGAUGCUGGUCAGAGUAACAGAGUUUUGCCUAGUACAUCUGCCAACUUCAUAGCUAGUGAACCCUUUUCUGCUACUGAUGUAUUGCCUUCAGAUGUCAUCAACCAAAGUAUGACUAUUGUGAGACCAAAGAAGCGCAAAACAUUUAUGUCGGAGCGUCUGCCAUGGCACAAAGAAGUAACACAAGGUUCCGGGAGAAUUCAGGACAUAAGUAUGGCAGAACGAGACUGGGCACAAGCGUCAAAUCGUGUAACUGAGAAGAUGGAAGAUGAGUUCGCUAGGAUUGAAGAUGGACAGCCAUUGCUUAGAUCAAAGAGAAGGCUUAUCCUGACAACACAGUUGAUGCAGCUGUUGCUUUGCCCAGCACCUGCAUCCUUUCUCUCAGCAAAUGCUACUUUGCACUAUGAUAGUGUGGCAUAUUUUGUUGCUAAAUUAUCACUAGGGGAUGCAUGCAGCCUGACCUGUUGCAGCCGAAAUGAAUCGUGUGUUCCAGUGAAGAACAGUAAUGUGAUUUCUGAGAAGGUCAAAGUUUCUGAGAGCAUUGAUGACCAGUGUUAUUCCAAAUGUGUGGAAGACUUCACUAAUAGAUCAGAGAAGCUGGAAAGUAACUUGUUAAGAUUAGACAAGGCCACAUCAAUAUUAGACAUAAGAGUGGAAUGCCAGGAGUUGGAAAAGGUUUCUGUCAUCAACCGUUUUGCCAAGUUCCACGUCCGGCAAGCAGAUACCUCUGGAACCACAUCUUCCUCUGGCACACCUACAAUUUCCCCAAAAGCAUAUCCCCAGAGAUAUGUCACCGCACAGCCAAUGCCUGUGAAUGUCCCUGAGGGGGUACAGUGUCUUUCACUGUGAUAAUCAAUUCAUUGGUCUCCUUCCCAACUGAAUCCACUUUUGAUCCAUAUUUACAUGAAAUAUUGGGAGUGACCUGUCUAUGAUCUCUUUCACUGACAUAUAUGGUGCCAAGAAAGAAGAGGAUUGGAAGAUGAAAUGCAGGGAAAAUCGAUACAAGUGACUAAGGCUGUUUUUAAUUGUUGAAUGGGGCCAAUGGUUGUCGUUUUUGAGAAGUAAAUAUGGUUUCUUGUAUAUUUUCAUGAAUUCCAAGGAGAGUAGGUAGUACCCAAAGUAAUCGUUCCAAACAGCAAGAGGAUCGUUGGUAUGAUGUCUCUCUAGUUGCCUAAGUUGUUACAUAAUUUAGAUUAAUUUAGGAUACCUAAUUUGAAAUAGAUAUUAUAUACAUGUGCCAGCCAUGUCUACCUAGUUUUUAUCCUUUUUUUUCUAUUUGUUCCCCCUUGUACUUUUUGCCCUUUUCAGGUUUCUUGGGAGUCUGGGAGAACAGGGGGAAUUUGGCAUCUUGAAGAGCAAGCAUUUAGUUAGGCAGUGAAAUACUUAGAAAAAGGUACACUUGGUUGUAAUUUUGUAAUCCAACAGGUGCUUAUCCUGAAGACUCUCCCGCCAAAAAAAAAGGAAAAAAAAAAAAAAAAAAAGGGGGGGUUUUAAAAGCUUCUCUAACUUGCAUUUCCUUAAUGAUUUCUUUUCUUUUCCCUCCUCACGUGUACAUGUAGUUAGUUUGUUAUUUUGACUUUUGAUUUUAUUGGGGAGCAUGAAAUAUCUGAAAAAGGCUGCAGAAGCUUCUAUAAUAACUUUAUGAAUGUUUUGUUUCUUUUGGAAAAGUACAAGGAUUCAGACA